AUGGAUGUGAAAGAUAUACCUCUUGAUAAAUGCCCUUCUGGUAGAUUUUUGGGAGAAACUGUAUAAACUGAUAACUUUGGUCUAUAAUUCAAUUAUAAAUGCCCAAAGACCCUAAAUACAACAUUGUGGUUGCAAUUAAAAACAAAGCCAAAUUUAAAAUGCGCCAAUGAUACUGAUAUCAUGAAAGCCUUGGAUGUUCUUGAAAUAAACCUAUUAACUUCCAACCAAUUCGUUGAUGUUAAUGAAAGAGAAAGGAAUCCAGUAAAAUCUAUAAUUAAAAAUUUCUAUUCAACUAGUAAAUCAGAAUUAAGUUAGACUUUUUCGCUCAAACUAGGCUAGAAUUUUCUAAUUAAAAAUACAUCUCCAUUAUCUAAUCAAAUUUAUUCAGAAAACAUAACUUACUAUUCAAUAAGAGCUGACGAAACAAAUCUUGGAGACUAUAAAAAAUAUUAAACUACAUUCAGGUAUUUCAUUCUAUUAGAUGACAAUAUUUUGACAACAUCCAUAGAAGUUUACACUAUCUCAGAUGCACUUUCAAGUACAGGUGGUAUAUUAGGAAUUGUUUCUUUAAUCGAUAAGAUUCUUCUUUACAGAUUAGGAAAUGUAUUGUAGAAUAUUUGGUUGCUGCAAGAAAAAAGAGUAAAGGAAUCUUAUAAACAAAAGAAUGAAACUUUUUAAGAAAGCUUAGGAAAUGCUUGA